GACCUCGCCGCCCGGCGCCAUGGGGGCUUCGGACCCGGAAGUGGCGCCCUGGGCUCGCGGCGGUGCCGCGGGGAUGGCGGGAGCCGGAGCAGGAGCGGGAGCUCGCGGCGGAGCGGCGGCGGGGGUCGAGGCUCGGGCUCGCGAUCCGCCGCCCGCGCACCGUGCACACCCGCGCCACCCUCGACCCGCGGCGCAGCCUUCCGCCCGCAGGAUGGACGGCGCGUCCGGGGGCCUGGGCUCCGGGGACAACGCCCCGACCACCGAGGCUCUUUUCGUGGCGCUGGGCGCCGGUGUGACGGCGCUCAGCCACCCGCUACUCUAUGUGAAGCUGCUCAUCCAGGUGGGUCAUGAGCCGAUGCCCCCCACCAUCGGGACCAAUGUGCUGGGGAGGAAGGUCCUCUAUCUGCCCAGCUUCUUCACCUAUGCCAAGUACAUCGUGCAGGUGGAUGGGAAGAUAGGGCUGUUCCGAGGCCUGAGCCCCCGACUGAUGUCCAAUGCCCUCUCCACUGUGACCCGGGGCAGUAUGAAGAAGGUUUUCCCUCCGGAUGAGAUCGAGCAGGUCUCCAACAAGGACGACAUGAAGACUUCCCUGAAGAAAGUGGUGAAGGAGACCUCCUACGAGAUGAUGAUGCAGUGCGUGUCCCGCAUGCUGGCCCACCCCCUGCACGUCAUCUCAAUGCGCUGCAUGGUCCAGUUUGUGGGACGGGAGGCCAAGUACAGCGGCGUGCUGAGCUCCAUCGGGAAGAUUUUCAAAGAGGAGGGGCUGCUGGGAUUCUUUGUCGGCUUAAUCCCUCACCUCCUUGGAGAUGUGGUUUUCUUGUGGGGCUGUAACCUGCUGGCCCACUUCAUCAAUGCCUACCUGGUGGAUGACAGCGUGAGUGACACCCCAGGGGGGCUGGGAAACGACCAGAAUCCAGGUUCCCAGUUCAGCCAGGCCCUGGCCAUCCGGAGCUAUACCAAAUUUGUGAUGGGGAUUGCGGUGAGCAUGCUGACCUACCCCUUCCUGCUGGUCGGUGACCUCAUGGCUGUGAACAACUGCGGGGCCAGCUUUUCCGUGGCUCCAGCUUGCUCUUCCGCCGGGUGUCCUCAGGAUCGUGCUUUGCCCUGGAGUAACCUGAAUCGCCUGAAGAAACAUGCUGCGUCAGCCCGGCCACCGGGGGUGGGGCCUGACCGUGUCGGGCACCUGUCAGAUGAGUCCAACCCAACGACACCUAGAUGUGCUCCAGCCAGCUGGGCUUCGGUUUCCAUAUUUACCGUGCGUCUGUCCAGAAGUGGGGGUUGGGUGGGGGUGAGGCUGCACCCAGUGGAUUGGUUACCUGUUAGGUCCGGGGAGGGUGGGGCAGGCCUAGGGCAUUCGGGCACAGGACCCUUCCUUCACUCACGUGCCAAGUUGCCUUGUGAAGGGGGCCAGAGAAUGGCUAGUGGAGGCCCAGGUAGGAUGGGAAAAGGCUCACGGGGUCAGCUCCCACCCCCCCCCCAUACCCACGUCCGCCCCAGCCUCAUCCUGCGCCUCAGCUGGGAGCGUUGCCCCCCCUGCUUUGUAAAUACGGCGGGAUCCGCUUUCGUGAGGCCGCCAUCACGUCUAGGCCUGUGCGAGAAAGCCCUUGCCACGUUCUGCCUUCGUUCUUCCCAACACUACUUUUCUGAUGCCAAGGCGGGCACCUUCUGAACGGGAAAUCGUGUGACUGCUCAGAAUGUGUCUCCCUCAUCAAAUGCUCGUCGGUUUAAUGGUGACGCCUCACAUGCAGGAUCUGGUUACCUGUGCAGUUGUGAACACCCAGAAGUUAGGCAGGUCAGUGUCUCUCGUACUAUUCGGUUUAAAAGUUCCCGAUAAGAUUUGACCUUUUCUCCCUCAAAUAAAUGUAUCGGUGGUGAUUUGGA